CCCCCGAGCGCCACACUCGCGUUCUGCGCUCCGCUGAGAUCGCACGCAAUGGCCGACGCGCGGUAAUCGCUGUUCUAACAUAACGUGUCUGUGCUGUGAAUACAACUGCAGUGUGACGUGGAGAUAUCUAAGGAAUUCUAAAUAAUGAGAGGCGACCGUGUGAUGGCGCCGUGUUUAGGCGCAAUCCUGACCGUCCUUAGCUUGGUUGCUUUAAGCAAUGCCGGUCCGCUGGGGCCGCUUCCGAAUGUGACCAGCGAAGGCGUCGGAUUGAAGGAAGGCAGCUGCGUCCUCGGCGACGUAGUGUACAUGGCUGGUGAUACGUUCACGGGCGCGACGCCGUGCGAGCGCUGCGCGUGCGCCGCGGGCAGCGUGCAGUGCGCGCAGGAGCGCUGCGAGCCGCGUCCGGGCUGCAAGGCGCUGCACCGACCGGAUCACUGCUGUCCUACGUAUCAGUGCGAGUGCGAGCAAGAGGGCCGCGUGUACGGCAACGGCGAGAAGCUGGUGGAUCCUGAGGAUCCAUGCCGCGUGUGUUACUGCCAGGGUGGGGAGGUGGUCUGCCGCCGCAUCGCCUGCUUCGUGCGAGAUGACUGCCAGCCGAGGCUGGUCCCUGGCCGGUGCUGUCCAGAGUACGACAACUGUCCGCUCAGAGGAGUCACUGCUAUUCCUGGACUACUACCAUCAGUUUCAAACAUGGCAACGACUGGCGCUUCUAACGCCGCCCCAACUCCACCGAAGGAAAACAUCAAGCAGGAAAUCACCAUUAAAGAAAUCACGCCAGUGUCAGAGAUUCCCGUUAUUACCGACGUAAAGAUCAAGGAGAUCCUGCCCUCGACGAGCAUUGAGGUGCCAGAGUACCCUUCAUCCAAGUCACCGCUCAUCCCACGUGAAGCCAUUCCGGACAAAACCGUGACUAGCAGCGCUGAACUAUCACCCAAACAGAAGGAAUCUGUUGCCAUCGAAUUAAUUUCACCACUGCCUACAGAACAGCCUUCAAAACCAGUGGAAAAGAUCAUUGAGGCUAAGAGUACAGAGGAUUUGCUUCCAUCAAAAAUUAGUCUGUCGACGCAGGAUUCCAUCAACAGCGAAAUCUAUCCAUCGCAUAUCCCCACGAUCAUUGCUACUAUGGGAGUGCCUCCGAUUACACCUGAUACUAUUCCAGCAGCCAGCACAACCAGAGUUGCUAUCAUUGAAGAAGAAGACACGUCUCUUUUCGAUCACAACCCCGCUUUCCCUCCGAUUCCUGAUGACUUAUCCCCAGUAGGAACUCAUGAAGAUGAAAUAUCUGAACAAAAUGCGGAUGGUGAUAACACAAACGUGCACGGAGAACAACAUAUAGCCAGUACACUACCACCUACAUCCACGACGUUUAUACCGAAAGACACUCCCACGACUACAGUUAGGUAUAUACUAGACACUUCUACCACUACUACAACCACUAAAAAACCAGCGACUGAAACAAGCACUAUAAUUACUAAGACUCCAGAAAUUGAAACAACAGUAUAUGUAUUAACAUCAACUACACCGCAAAGUGAAUCCUUAAUAAAAGGUAGUCCGAUGCUUAACCCUUGGUCAGCAAUUCCGCCUGAAAUACUGAAAGUGCCAUCCUCAGUGCCAGAAGAUAUAAGCGGCGAAUUAGACGACCUUGAAGAGCCAGUGACAGCCUUCGAAGAACCUCUUUACAUCGCUACUUCAACUACUACUGGAGCUAAGUUAGUAGAUGAGACUACUGCUGGUUCACUAAUCGUAAAGGAGACGAUCUUACCAAAGUUUAAUGAAGAAACGAGUGCACCCUUCGUUACUACUCAAAGAGUCACGUCGACUACCACUGGCCCACUAAUAAAACUAGAUGAGACUACUACUACUCCUCAAAAAGUAUUAAAAAACAAAUACCUACUUAGAUCUAGUGAGGUAACGACCACUUCGAUUGAUACCACUCAAAAUACUCAAACUGUUGCCUCCACUACCAAUGGACCAGUUAGUAAAAUAGUAGACGAAACUGCUGCUGCUACUAUUUCAAAGGAGAUAAUUAUACCUAGGACUGGCGAAGUAACAAAUACUCCUUUUGAUACUAAUCAAUCUACUCAGACUGUGACAUCUACUACAACUCAACCAGGAAUUACUCAAUCUAUUCAAAUCGUGACCUCUACUACAACUGAACCAGCAUUUAAAAUAGUAGAUGAGACUACCAUUUCACCACUUUCCACAUUGAAGAAUAAAGUUGUACCCAGGUCUAGUGAGGUAACGAACACUCCCUUUGAUACAACCACUCAAACUACUCAGAGAAUAACAGAUGUUUCAGAAAUAAUCACCAGCACACCAAAAGCCCCAGAAGAAUUAACUACAGGUACUGUUACUAAAUUCAAUAAUCCGACUGAGAUCACUGCUCAAACUGAGUUCAGCUCAUUGCCGAUUGAGACCAGUGACCAAAACCCCCAUGACUCCUCGGAAAGCUCUUUAAAAGAUAAAAGCCCUUCAACUGAAACUCCAUUUAUAGUUGAAAUAACAACAGCCAAGGCAACAACUGAGACCGAGAAGGUUACCGUUGCUAAGACGACUCGGACCACUCCUUCUACCCCUGGAAGUAGCUCGUUUGAGAAUGUAGAAACCACGGAAUUCGUUCUUACUUCGUUCGGAUCUUCGGAAAGUAGUACUGAUUCUGUAGAAGUUAUUAAAAUUUCUCCAACGCAAAAAGUAAAUAAUGCAGCUAUUAUUGACUCAUCGCAUAGAAUACAGGGCAACGUACUAACUGAUCUGCGAGACUUGGUAGGAGAUGUGGCUUCCAUCAGCGGCCACACCGACGAGCCGAGCACAUUGCUCCGAACCACUACAACUAACAGCUUCUCUGACUCAGAGGAAUUGAUGCCAGUCAACGCUGGAUACAAGAGCAAAAAUAGUAACUUCAACCAUAACUCCAUCACGGAGAUCCCCUUGAAAACUAAGAGUCAGCUUCCAGUUAAUAAGCAGAAGGUGGUAGAAAUAGAGGGUGAAGAUACAGACAGCAUUGCUGACGCGCCGCCGCCGCACGACAAGGUGGAGCCGACUACGCGCAGGCCCAUCAUCGACAAUGUUUCUGACUCCAUGCCUAAGAACGAAACUGACAAAAAAGACAUCGAAAUUAUCUCUCAGUCUUACGUCCCAACGAUCAACAGGCGACCGACGAAAGUCGUGAUGAAGAAGAAUAACGAUAAGCCCCUUUCUGAAGCUUCAACUGAGCAAACUCUUGCGACUGCUUCUUCAGAUGCAGUUACAUCUGGCGAGACGACGCCUUCUACAGUUGCGAUCACAGAAAGUGCUUUGUCAUCUGAAGAGUCGGCUACAACAGCCGAUGUGACCUUGGGGGCAGACGCGUCAACUACCGCGGCGCAGUGAGCUGCGCGCACGUCGAUCGAUGGAACCUCAGCUUAUCGCAUUUCUAGAGUAAGUUUCGUUCUUGAAACUCUAAGUUAAUGUAGAGACUACUAGAUUAAUAGGACUAUAUACGAAAACCUUGUCAGAAGGAUUAAUUAUUCUUUGUCAAUUCUCUCGGGCGGGAACAAUUUCCGCCGAGUCGUAUGUAAGUAGACGGCCGGGGUAUCCGGCUGAAUUUUAUGUGUAUUAGCUGGACAAAUUAUUUAUAACGUAGAGUUAGGGCGCGAGGACGCGGCGAUGUGUCAAACGUGAGGGCUGUAGUCUAGCUUCUCUUCGUUAGCGUAAGUUAUUUAUUUGUUAGUGAGAGCGAGUUAGUAAGUGAUGAUAGGUAAGCAACCAAGCUAGUCAACCUGUGACUGCGCGGCAUCGCGCCACGUUGCCAUUACUGCUAGCAUUAAAGAACAUGACAAACCUCGAAUGGACAUUCCGGGCUUAGUUUUAGUUCCCUCAGUGGAAAGCCAGUAGAGCGAGGCGACACGGGACUAUAUUUGGUACAAAUCGAAUUUGAUAUUAUAUAAUCAACCUUAUGAAAUAUUGUAAGACCUAGAUGGUUUAGAAUGAAUGUGAUUGCACAUAGUUUUUAUUUAAUGCACUCUGUGUCGGUGUCGAAGUGGGAUUGCUGGAAGGAUGGCUCAAUGCUAGUGUAAGGUGUAUCAUCGUGUCAGACCGGAUCUAUGGAAUUCGAGUACCUACAUAACGUAAUGAAACAUCAACAGAAUGUUGCCUCAAAUUCGGUUAACGUACUGGUGAAAAACUUUGCCUAACUUUUGGAGGGCUGACUCAAAAAACACAAGUCGAAUGCUGUUUUGUUAAGGACGUAUUGCAAUAACUAGUCGAUUCGAAAAACCUUGACUCAUCAAUUUGAACUCUAUUAGGUUAUCCACUUCAAGAAAGAUGAAACGUUUUCUUUAACAAAAACUCUCUAGAUUCGAUCUUUCAUGAUGUUUCGGCGAGCGGGAGACCGAUCAUGUUCUGCCCGCGCAGGCGCGAGGCAGACCAUAAAUAUGUACACAAUAUUGCUCCUUAUGUCAACGGAGCAAUGUACACUGUUUAUAGGCAUCGGCGUGCGCGGGCGUUGCUUCUUGCUCCGGAAGACGUCGCCUUUUCCCGAGCAAUAAGCAUGUGCGGACUGUAUUAUUUAUAAUUAUUGUUUUUUUUACAAAUAAAAGAACCAGACUGAA